UGUAUGGGUGCUUUUUUGUUUGUUUGUCUGUUUGUCUGUUUGUUUGUCUGUCUGUUUGUGUGUCUGUUUGUCUGUCUGUUUGUGUGUCUGUUUGUCUGUCUGUUUGUGUGUCUGUUUGUGUGUCUGUUUGUUUGUCUGUUUGUCUGUCUGUUUGUUUGUUUUUUCUCUGUCUGUCUGUUUGUCUGUUUGUUUGUUUGUUUGUCUGUCCGGCUGUCCAUCUGUCUGUCUGUCUGUCUGUCUCUGUCUGUCUGUUUGUCUGUCUGUCUCUGUCUGUCUGUUUGUCUGUCUGUCUGUUUGUCUGUCUAUCUGUUUGUCUGUCUGUCUGUCUGUCUAUUUGUUUGUCUGUUUUUUCUCUGUCUGUCUGUCUGUCUGUCUGUCUCUGUUUGUCUGUCUGUUUUUUUGUUUGUCUGUUUGUUUGUUUGUCUGUUUGUUUGUCUGUCUGUUUGUCUGUUUGUUUGUUUGUCUGUUUGUUGUCUGUUUGUCUAUUUGUUUGUUUGUAUGUUUGUUUGUUUCUCUGUCUGUCCUUUUGUUUGUCUGUUUCUUUGUCUAUUGUCUGUCUGUUUGUUUGUUUGUCUGUUUGUUUGUCUGUUUGUUCAUUUGUCUGUCUGUUUGUUUGUCUAUUUGUUUGUUUGUCUGUCUGUUUGUUUGUUUGUUUGUCUGUUUGUCUGUCUAUUUAUUUCUCUGUCUGUCCUUUUGUUUGUCUGUUUCUUUGUCUGUUUGUCUGUUUGUCUGUCUGUUUGUUUGUUUGUCUGUUUGUUUGUCUGUUUGUUUGUCUGUUUGUCUGUCUGUUUGUUUUUCUGUCUGUCUGUUUGUUUUUCUAUUUGUUUGUCCGUUUUUGUCCAUUUGUUUGUCUGUGUUUGUCUGUCUGUUUGUCUGUCUGUUUGUUUGUCUGUUUGUUCAUUUGUUUGUCUGUCUGUCUGUUUGUUUGUAUGUAUUAUUAUCUCUUCAACUACUCACUUGUCUGUUUAUCUCUACAUGUGAGCUGUUUCGUACACUCAUUUCUUCCAGAUGU